AGAUUACGACACACACAAAUUUGCGAUCCAAAAACGAUAACGGACAUCAGAAACAAGCAGACGCAGAGUUUGUUGGAAAACCCACUGACACAGUCACACACCCUAAAAAGAAGAGAAGGAAAAUCUGAAACGCAAUCGGAGUUGUACUUCGAUUUUUGGUUCUGAUUGAAUUCUAAGGGUUACUUGAUGGUGUCGGUGAAUCCGAACCCAGCUCAAGGAUUUUACUUCUUCGAUCCUUCUUCGUCCAAUAUGGGACUUCCCGGCGUUAAUCCGAUGCCGCCGCCGCCUCCGCCGCAGCAUGCUCCGGCAACCGUGCCAUCAGCUGCGUCUUCCGCCGUUAACGUGGCGGAGGAUCCGAGUAAGAAGAUCCGGAAACCCUACACGAUUACUAAGUCUAGGGAGAGCUGGACCGAGCAGGAGCAUGACAAGUUUCUAGAAGCUCUUCAAUUAUUUGAUCGUGAUUGGAAGAAGAUUGAAGCAUUUGUCGGCUCAAAAACGGUUAUCCAGAUACGGAGUCAUGCACAAAAAUAUUUCCUUAAAGUCCAGAAGAAUGGAACAAGUGAACAUGUACCUCCCCCUCGGCCAAAGAGAAAAGCUUCUCAUCCAUACCCUCAAAAAGCUCCCAAGAGUGCUCCUACUGCAUCCCAUGUCACUGGGCCAUUGCAAUCUUCCUCAGCUUUCAUUGAACCUGCAUACAUUUAUAGCCCGGAUUCAUCAUCUGUGCUAGGAACUCCAGUAACCAGUGUGCCUUUAUCAUCUUGGAAUUAUAACACCAUGCCACCAAGCAAUGUGCCCCCAAGCAAUGUGCCACCAGCAACUAAAGAUGAUAUAGGAUUGGCUGGAGCUGGACAAGCUGUUCCUCUUACUUGUUGCUAUAGCAGCAGUAAUGAGAACACCCCUCCAACUUGGCCAAGUAACAAUGGGUUUGAACAAAGAAACCAGGCCAAGCCAAUUAAAGUUAUGCCAGAUUUUGCACAAGUCUACAGCUUCAUUGGCAGUGUAUUUGAUCCAAAUUCGACUAAUCAUCUCCAGAGGCUGAAACAGAUGGACCCAAUAAAUAUGGAAACGGUACUGUUGUUGAUGAGAAACCUCUCCAUGAAUCUAAUGAGUCCUGAAUUUGAGGAUCAUAAGAGGCUGCUUUCGUCAUACGGAGCCAACUCUGAAGAGGCAAAGUUUGUCAAUCCUUGCAGCAAGUUGCUCAAAUCUGAGAGUGCUGUUCUAACUGCUUAAGGUGUUGGCGGAGAGAACAUUUUCUGAUGCAUACAAAAUCAGACAUUUGAGAAGGUGGAAAGCGACAGAAGGUUUUGCUAGAAGAAGAAAAAUGUAGGAUGCAGAUGCAAACAUGUGUAUAUAAUACCGUAUAUAUAGUUAUUUAGGCAUAUGGUUAGGACCUUAGGUAAGGAAGAAUCCUUGUUAGGAGGCUUGAAUGUAUAUCCUUGGAAUGCCUUGGACAAUUUGAGUGUCUUUGUUAACUUCUGGAGGCUAUGAUGUACAGUCUGUUGAGUGGUUUUCAGGUUUCGUGUGUUAUGCUUUGAAAGCUCUCCUUUCUACAAUGUAGUAUAUACAAGUAGGGACUUAGGAUUGUGUGUAUGGUGGUGUAUAUAAACCAAUAAAGCCAUGCAGCUUUUACUUUAUGGUUUCAUGCAUUUACAUAUAUUUUACAUAAUAAAAGUUUGUCUUGUUGCCUA